UCCCUAUAAAACCCUUUCACCGCCUCUUCUCCUUUUCCAAACUUCUCUCGUAAACGCUGCAACAGCAGCAAGCAGGCGAAGCUCAGGUAUUUGAUCCCUCAUCUUUGGCUUAUUUCCGAGUAUCGACCCUUUCAUUUUAGUCCGAAAUGAUUUUGAGGAGUGCAUCAACGCCGUUACUCAAUUCAUUGGUUCCACAUUCUAAGGAGCCAUCGCCGGACCUCGAGUUUCCGUACCAGAUUUCUCGAACCCGAACCCUUUCGUUCACGGUUUCGUGUUCGAGCUCGAUUUCGGUUGGAUGGAGCGACGAUUCGACUCGGAGGAUGACGAGGGCGGUGUCGGAGACGGAUCUCAGGGACCUAGUGGUUCCGAAAAUUAAAACCAUUCAGAAAAAUGGCGGCAUCUUGAAUGGGGUCUGUGUUGAGGAAGAAGAGGUGGAAAAUGAAGAAGCUGGGUUUGAAUGGUGGAGAGCGUCGUCUCUUGGAGUUGAGGAAGAGUGUGGGAUAGGCGGUGGUGGACGAAACAUCUGCGGCGGCGGUGGUAGAGGAGGUGGUGAUGGAUCCGACGGCAGUGAUAACGAAUGGAACGGGAAAGACAGCACCGAUACUUAUUAUCAGAAAAUGAUCCAAGCUAAUCCUGGAAAUUCGCUUCUCCUCAGCAAUUACGCUAGAUUCUUAAAAGAGGUUCGUGGGGAUUUAGUGAGAGCCGAAGAAUAUUGUGGGAGAGCAAUCUUGGCAAAUCCAAAUGAUGGGAAUCUUCUCUCCAUGUACGCUGAUUUAAUCUGGCAAACUCAUAAAGAUGGUCCUAGAGCUCAAACUUACUUUGAUCGAGCCGUUAAAUCUGCCCCUGACGACUGUUUUGUACUAGCAUCAUAUGCACGGUUUCUUUGGGAUGCUGAGGAGGAAGACGAUGAAGAGGAAAAGGCUGGCGAAAAUUUUAGUAAUGGAUCAGAUCAAAGCUUUUUCCAUGGAGCUCCUCCUUUGGCUGCUGCUUCUUAAGCCUCGGGUGUGAAAUAACUUGUAUUUAAGCUUUUUUCUGACUUUUGGUAAUUUCCUCCCUUUUCUUUAGUUAUAUUUUGAUUCGUCUUUUGAGCUUUUAUUUAAUUAGAUUCUUUGCAAUUGUAGAAAAAAGAGUGAGAUUUGUAGUUAUUUGAGAGCUCUGUUUUGCUCUUCUCAUUCUUGAAUCCAUGUUAUGUAAAAGUGAAAUAUUAAGAUAUGGAAAUGUAUUGUUCAUUAGAA